CGGCGCGGGGCUCGCCCCGCCCCGCUCCCCUCCCCUCCCCGCGCCGGAGCGUGGCUGAGGCGCCGCGUCCCCGCCCGAGGGCGACCGCCCGCCGCGGGUCGCCCGCAGGUUGCGGUGCGGGCCGCGGAAGCGCUGGGAGCCUUGUCCUGCCGUGGGAGCGAUGGCCGCGGGGAAGCCCCAGCCCGUGCCGGGCUCGGGGGGGCCGCGCGAGCGGCGGCGGCUGCUGCUGCGUGCCGAAGGACGCUCCGCGCCCGGCCGCUACCUGAGGUGAGCGCCGCGGGACUCGGGCGAGCGGCGCGGCGGCUGUCGGCGGCAGCGGCGCUGGAAGUCUCCAGUCCUGGCCGCCUUGUUUGCGUGCGGAGGGAGCCCGUUAGAAAUUGUUGUUCGUUUCAAAGAGAACACAUGCCUGUUAGAACAGCAAAAUAUAUUCGGUACCGUAUGUGCUGAGGAAAGCCGGUAAGUGCUGUCAGCAGGAGAAGUUACUGUAUGAACUUGUGGCUUGGUAGGAGCAGCUGUUUCUCUGCAUUUGACACCCAGUACCUUCUUGUGUUUUUAUCAACAAUUGCAUGCCAUAUGCAGCCUUUCAUAGUGAAGACUCUGCUUUUCCGUACUACUAUGCCACGUUAAGAGGCGUACUCUAAGAUCCUAUUCUGUGAAGGUAAAAUGUCUGUAUAGAAAUAAACACGUUAUUGACUCCCACUCAGAUUCCUCAAUUCUUUGGGUUUGGGAGCUUCCAUGAAUUAAAUUCAGCUGGGUGUCUCAUGAAUUGAAUUGGAUCUUCCAGAGGAAAUAAAUAAUUAUGGGGUUUUAACUGUUUGCCCGACAUUUAUCUUGUUAAUCACUUGUCCAGGCUUAUUGUAGGAACUUGAGAUGCCGCAGGAUAGUAUAAAUGCAUACAGAUCACGUAGUUCAGGAGUUUACAGUAUUUCAAACCUUCAGUUUCACAGUUAAUACUUUUCAUUGGAAAUAAACUGAGAAAAUAGGAAAAAAAAAAGGAAUUACAAAAAAAAAGAAAAAAGUGUUUAGGUCAAAGCAGUGCAGACAUGUCAGUUGAUACUAGACCAGCACAAUCUAGUCUUUACACGAGCCAAAUAGAAAGACAGCUAACAUAUCCUUCAACGCAGUUUUUCAGACAUCUCUCUGUAGCUUCUUUUGAAAAAAAAUACAGUUACCUGCUUUGCGUUUAAAAUAGUUCAGGACAAAGGUAUGAAUAAGUUCUGUCAGUAACUAGCUUAUAAUUCUGCUUAUAUCCUUUGGUUUCUUCCCUUUAUCAGUAUAAUCCAUGAGUAAACUGUAAGACAGUGUUUAUUUGCUAUAAUAGGUUUAAAACUUAAACUAACCCUUACCUUAUUGGAUUCAGAAUUUGAAAGUGUUAACCUAGAACAAGAAGGAUGUUAACAUUCAUAUGAAUGCUAACAUUCACUACCUCCAUACAAUUCACUUCUAAGUCUGAUGUGGGACAAAUGAUAGUUCAAAGUGCAUGCAAAUGCUUAGUCCUAACCUAAUGAAUAUUUUAAAAUGCAUUUGGUCACUUUAGUCUAUGUGUUAACAUGCCAUUUGGAAUACUGAUGUACCAGUAAUAAAGAUGUGAUGCUUACCUUGUUUUCUGAACGGAACUAAUACAGUAUUUUGAUGUAUCACAGGUAAAUUUUUCCAUAACCUUAUGGAGAAAAAGGACUUUGAAGCAUGGCUUGAUAACAUUUCUAUUACAUUUCUUUCUCUGACGGACUUGCAGAAAAAUGAAACUCUGGAUCACCUGAUUAGCUUGAGUGGAGCAGUCCAGCUCAGGCACCUCUCCAAUAAUCUAGAGAUUCUCCUCAAGAGGGACUUCCUCAAACUUCUUCCAUUGGAACUUAGUUUUUAUCUGUUAAAAUGGCUUGAUCCUCAGACCUUACUCACAUGUUGCCUCGUCUCUAAGCAGUGGAAUAAGGUUAUAAGUGCCUGUACAGAGGUGUGGCAGACUGCAUGUAAGAAUUUGGGUUGGCAAAUAGAUGACUCUGUUCAGGAUCCUCUACAUUGGAAGAAGGUUUACCUAAAGGCUAUUCUAAGGAUGAAGCAACUGAAGGACCACGAAGCCUUUGAGACAUCCUCUUUAAUUGGACACAGUGCCAGAGUAUAUGCACUUUACUAUAAAGAUGGACUUCUGUGUACAGGAUCAGAUGACUUGUCUGCAAAACUGUGGGAUGUAAGCACAGGUCAGUGCAUAUAUGGUAUCCAGACACACACUUGUGCUGCAGUGAAGUUUGAUGAACAAAAGCUUGUAACAGGAUCUUUUGAUAACACAGUAGCCUGUUGGGAAUGGAGCUCUGGGGCAAAGACACAGCAUUUUAGAGGACAUACUGGUGCAGUUUUUAGUGUGGAUUACAAUGAUGAACUUGAUAUUCUGGUCAGUGGCUCUGCAGACUUCACUGUGAAAGUAUGGGCCUUAUCAACAGGAACGUGCCUGAAUACCCUUACUGGACACACAGAAUGGGUCACUAAGGUAGUUUUGCAGAAGUGCAAAGUCAAGUCUCUUAUGCAUAGUCCUGGGGAUUAUAUUCUUCUAAGUGCAGAUAAGUAUGAAAUCAAGAUUUGGCCUAUUGGAAGGGAAAUAAACUGCAAGUGCUUAAAAACACUGUCCGUUUCUGAAGAUCGCAGCAUCUCCCUACAGCCCAGACUGCACUUUGAUGGUAAAUACAUAGUGUGCAGUUCAGCCCUAGGAUUAUACCAGUGGGACUUUGCUAGCUAUGAUAUUCUCAGGGUUAUCAAACCUCCUGACUUCUCAAAUGUGUCCUUGCUGGGCUUUGGAGAGAUAUUUGCUCUACUGUUUGAUAACAGAUACCUGUAUAUAAUGGACUUGAGGACAGAAAAACUGAUAAGCCGCUGGCCUCUUCCAGAGUAUAGGAAGUCAAAGAGAGGCUCAAGCUUUUUGGCUGGUGAAAUGUCUUGGUUAAAUGGACUAAAUGGCCAAAAUGAUAUGGGCUUGGUUUUUGCCACGAGUAUGCCGGACCAUAGUAUCCAUUUGGUGUUAUGGAAAGAACAUGGCUGAAAAGCUCACAUAUGCAGGAUCUUCAGGAAUAUAUGGACUAUCAGCAGUGUGUCCAUAAAAUGAGACUUUGCAUGAACCAAAGUUGCACACCUAAUGGUAUCAUCAUGCAAUGCACAAUCAUUUACUUUUAUUUGGGCAUUUGGGAAUGGGUGGUUUUGGACAUAAUGCAAUACAGCAUGCUAACAGUAUUCACCACAAAAUUUUGUCUGUACUCAUGUUUAAGCAUACCUAUUUGGGCUCUGAAGCAUAGCUUUUAACAUGUAAACCAUUCAAAUCCACCAUCAAGUUUGAAAUGAAGUAGUGCUUGACCUGACUUCUGACCUAUUUUUUGUUGUUGAAACAGAAGGUGAAGCUACUAUUUCAGAACCAUAGGCUUGUGUAUGUGUAACAGCAAAUACUGGUUACAGUGCAUGGCUGCUUAACUCAAAUGAGAAGAUAACAAACCCUUUCUCUCUCCAGUAUCAUUCUCUUCAAAAUGGUUUUUCCUUCUGAUAGCUUUAAAUACUUAGCCUUUGAAAUAGAAGAAUCAAAUGAGUCCUUUAACUAGGAUCAGAUGCUAACAAUAAUAAUUUAAGUUCGGGAACAUGUAAAUAUGAACUCUCCUCAGCAAGAAUGAGCCAACUUUUCAUCUAUCUAAUGGAGCUUGCCAACACAAUUAACCUUAGAGAACCUCUGACAGUAUUCAUCAUAUUUGCUGAUGGUAACUCAGAAUGGCUUGAUCAGUGUUUUAUUUAUAGUCUGUAUCUCCUGUAAUUUGUGUGAGAACAUAACUUAGUUCACAGGUAGGUAGAAAUGUAAUGAAUAGGAAGAUUAUGUUCAAUCUCUACAGCAAGAGUCACUCUCUUACAUUAAAUGAUGUCUAGCAGCCAUUCACUUUUUCCAAAAGUUGCAAUUAGUAUAAUCAUGCACUUCAAGCAGUUGCUACAUCUAGAUUUGGAAAGCAGGGGCAAAUAACAGUGAGACUGCCACAUCUUGGGCGGGGGCAUGGAAAAAGUAUCGAAAGUCUGAAGAAAAGUAUAGGACUAGAAAAAGGUCUUUAGCUUUCAUCAUCAUAGGAGACCCGAUGUACACGAGUUAACUAUUGACUAGCAAAUACCUAUCCACAUACUUUUGUGGUAUUUGACUUGUACUUAAAAGCUGUAUCAAUGACAUCACAUGCUUUAGAAACGCUUUAGGUUGGUUUCCCCUCCUCCCUUACAAUAAAAUCUCCCCUUAAUGUC